AAUUUAAAGAAGCCGACGCAGCUAGAAGAGCAGGUAAUCACUAGCCAUAUACCCGACCUUAACUUACGUGGAUUUGCGCCUACCUAUACUGCUGUGCGCUGUAUAGCUGAUAAGCUGCUAGCUGCGCGCAACACUGGCCAGUUUGAGAAUGUAGAGCAGACGAAGGCCGAGUAUAGCAUCUAUAAUAAGGACGUGCACAACUUCAACGAAGUUGGCUCUAUAAUAUGCAAGAUCACGACUCAGCUAGUCGUAACAGCAUUAGAGAGAAGAGGCCUGCUAGAAGCUAUUAGUCUAGGCAAUCGCGAGUAG